UCUACGGAGGCGGCGGUGGCGGUGGCUGCGCGGCGCGGGGCGGCGCGGCGAGGCGACUGAGGCGCGUGAGGCUGAGGCGGCAGCGUCGGGGGACGGCUGCGCGAACGGCUGUGUAGGAAGGAACUCGGGUUCCCCCUCACACAUCUCCCGCCCCGAAAGAAUCAAAAUGGACAAUAUAGAAGAACCUCAGAAGAAAGUUUUUAAAGCUCGGAAAACAAUGAGAGUGAGUGAUCGUCAGCAACUUGAAGUAGUGUAUAAGGUCAAAGAAGAAUUAUUGAAAACUGAUGUCAAGUUAUUAAAUGGUAACCAUGAAAAUGGAGAUUUGGACCCAACUUCACCUUUGGAAAAUAUUGAUUGUGUUAAUGACAAAGAAGAGGUGAAUGGCAUUGAUGAGCUUUGUUUUGAACCUGAAAAAAAUAAAGCAGAAAGGAAAGAAACACCUUGCACCUUAACUGUUAAUGUAAAAAACAAGCAGGGAUGAGAUUUAAAUUGUGAGCCUUUAUCUUCUCUUGAUAAAACUUCUGAAUCAGCCCCUCAAGUGACUGUGGAACCAGCUUCUGGCGAUCCGUCCUCCAGUGAUUUGGCUGCUGGAGAUCCCACCUCUGGAGAGCUGGUCUCUGGAGAGCCAGCUGCUGUUGAUCAGGCCUCUGGAGAUUCAGACUCUGGAGAUCUGGCCCCUGAAGUAUUAACUUCUAGUGAUUCUGUCUCCGGUGAUCCUGUCUCCAGUGAUCCUGUCUCUGAUGAACCUGUCUCUGGUGGUUCUGCAUCUGGCGAAUCAGGCUCUGGUGAGCCCGUGUCUGGUGAUGGACUGUCCAGUGAACAAGCUACUGGUGAACAUGUCGUCGGUGAUCUGGUCCCUGGUGACUCAGGCUCUGGUGACUCAGCCUCCAGUGGUCCAGUUUCUGAUGAUUCAACCUCUGGUGAUCAGGCUUCUCAAGCACUUUCUGCUGAUGCUCCAUCUUCUGAGGAUGUGAGAUCUGGGGAUGUGGCCUCUGGGGAUUUAACCUCUGGGGAUUCACCCUCUGAGGAGCCAGCUUCUGAGGAGCAGACCCUUGGGGAGCGAGCUUCUGAUCAACCUGUGACUUCUGAUGAAGCAGCUCCUGAAUCUGCCUUUGAAUCUACCUUUGAAUCAAGUUCUGGACCAGUUUGUGAACCAGUUCCUGAAACAGACAGUACAGAAUCGAAUAGCAAUAAAGAUGAUGAUGUUCUUGACCAAGAUGCAGAUCAUGAGAAGAUAGACCAAGUUUUGACACUUAAUGACAAAAAUAAAACUGAUGGUACUAUUGAUGCUGAUGAAGAAACUCUAGAAACAGAUGAUAAAAUUAUUUGUUCAAAUAUAUCUCCUGAUAAUGAAAAGAAGGUGGAGGAAGACACUGAGGUAAAGCCUGCUCUUGGAGAGGAGGCUAUAUCUAGCAGUAUGGAAGUUGACCAGAAUGAAAAGAAUGAAGAUGAAAACUCUACGGACCCAAUAGAUACUGUUAGUGAAAAUGCUACAAAAGAUGAUAAGAAUGAGAGUAUUUUACAAAGUUCAGAUUCAAUGGAGACAGAUGAAAUUAUUCCUAUUUUGGAAAAGCUUGCCCCUACUGAACUUAUUUGCUUUUCUAAAACUUCUCUCCUUCCAAUUGAUGAGACAAGCCCAGAUAUGGAAGAGAAGAUGGAAGGUUCUUUUGGUUCACCAUCUAAACAAGAAAGUAGUGAGAGUUUGCCUAAAGAAGCCUUUUUGGUACUUUCUGAUGAAGAAGAUAUUUCGGGAGAAAAAGAUGAGUCUGAAGUUAUAUCACAAAGUGAGACAUGCUCUCCAGAAGUAGAAAGUAAUGAAAAGGACAGGAAGUCUGAGGAAGAAGAACAAGUAAUACAUGAAGAUGAAAGACCUUUUGAGAAAAGUGAGUUUUCCAGAAGAAAGCGUUCUAAAUCAGAGGACAUGGACAAUGUGCAGUCCAAACGUCGGCGAUACAUGGAUGAAGAAUAUGAGGCAGAAUUUCAAGUUAAGAUUACAGCCAAAGGAGAUAUUAACCAGAAGCUACAAAAGGUUGUACAAUGGUUGCUGGAAGAAAAAUUAUGUGCCCUUCAAUGUACUGUAUUUGAUAAGACUUUGGCAGAAUUAAAAACACGAGUGGAAAAGAUUGAAUGUAACAAGAGGCAUAAAACAGUCCUUACUGAACUGCAGGCAAAGAUAGCCAGGUUAACCAAACGUUUUGGAGCAGCCAAAGAAGAUCUGAAGAAAAGGCAGGAAAACCCACCAAACCCACCUGUAUCACCAGUAAAGUCUGUAAUUGAUGCAAACAGCAAUAACAGUGUGCCUUACAGAAAUUCUGGCACAGUGAGACAGAUGCUGGAGUCCAAAAGAAAUAUUAGUGAGAGUGUACCUUCAUCCUUUCAAACACCUGUGAAUACAGUAUCAUCAACCAAUCUUGUCACUCCUCCAACAGCUGGCAAUAGCCAGCCUAAAUUGCAGACUCCAGUGACUUCAGGUUCUCUAACAGCAACUUCAGUUCUUCCUGCACCCAAUACAGCUACAGUAGUUGCUUCUACUCAGGUGCCUAGUGGAAAUCCCCAACCUACAAUCUCUUUACAGUCCUUACCAGUGAUUUUACAUGUACCUGUGGCGGUGUCCUCUCAGCCUCAGCUUCUACAAAGUCAUCCAGGGACGUUAGUGACUAAUCAACCAUCUGGCAACGUUGAAUUCAUUUCUGUACAAAGUUCACCUACAGUGGGUGGUCUUACCAAAAAUCAGGUGUCCUUGCCAUCCUUGCCAAACUCCAUUAAACCAAGCAACGUUCCUUCUGUGCCCAGUCCGAGUAUUCAAAGGAACUCUCCAGCCAGUGCUGCUUCACUAGGCACAACACUUGCUGUACAGGCUGUUUCAACAGCACACUCUAUUGUGCAAGCAACAAGGACUUCUUUACCAACAGUAGGCCCAUCAGGACUCUAUAGUCCAUCAAAUAAUAGAGGUCCUAUACAGAUGAAAAUUCCAAUUUCUGCUUUUAAUACGUCAUCUUCUACAGAACAGAGUAGCACCACCACAUCAAGAAUUGAAAAUCAGACAAGCAAAUCAGUAGAUGUUUCCGUUAAUAAGAAAGCAGCUGAUAGCACAUCACAGAGUGGUAAAGCUUCUAGCAGUGAUUCUGGUGGUGUCAUUGAUCUCACAAUGGAUGAUGAAGAGAGUGGAGCUUCACAAGAACCUAAGAAGCUGAGUCACACGCCAGGGUCAACUAUGAAUUCUUCUCAGCCUGUAUCUCGGCCUCUACAACCCAUCCAACCAGCCCCGCCUCUUCAGCCAUCUGGGGUACCAACAAGUGGACCAUCUCAGACAACCAUACACUUGUUGCCUACUGCUCCAACUACAGUGAAUGUAACACAUCGUCCAGCAACUCAGGUGACCACAAGACUCCCUGUUCCAAGAGCUCCUACAAACCACCAAGUUGUUUAUACGACUCUCCCAGCGCCAUCAGCACAGGCUCCCCUUCGAGGAGGAGCUGUUAUGCAGGCUCCUACUGUUCGGCAGGUCAAUCCUCCAAAUAGUGUCACAGUUCGAGUGCCUCAAGCAACAACAUAUGUUGUAAAUAAUGGCCUAACUCUGGGAUCAGCAGGACCUCAGCUCACCGUACAUCACCGGCCACCUCAAGUGCAUGCUGAGCCACCACGCCCUGUGCACCCAGCACCCUUACCAGAAGCCCCACAGCCACAGCGUCUGCCCCCAGAAGCUGCCAACACAUCUCUGCCUCAGAAGCCACACUUGAAAUUAGCACGAGUUCAGAGUCAGAAUGGCAUUGUCUUGUCCUGGAGUGUCCUGGAAGUGGAUCGUAGCUGUGCUGCUGUAGAUAGCUACCAUCUCUAUGCUUACCACGAGGAACCUAGUGCCACUGUGCCCUCACAAUGGAAAAAGAUUGGAGAGGUAAAGGCACUCCCCCUGCCUAUGGCAUGCACUCUCACCCAAUUUGUAUCUGGCAGCAAAUACUACUUUGCAGUACGAGCCAAGGACAUGUAUGGACGGUUUGGACCUUUCUGUGAUCCUCAGUCAACAGAUGUGAUUUCUUCUUCCCAGAGCAGUUAAACCUUGGAGCCUUCCUACCUUCCUUCCUUAUUCAGAAGUUCCAUUUUGGGGUCUUGUUUUAAUCUUGUGCAUGAUACACAUUGUAAAUCCUCACUGUGCAAGAUUUCUUGGACAGAUGUAUAUAUACACUACAUUUGUUUAUAAUCAGAAGUAAAAUAAACUCUGCCCGUAAAGCAAGAAUCUUUUCCUGGACAA